AUGGCGUUCCAGCAGUCUCCUCUCCUCAAGUUCGAGGCCUCCCCGGCCGAAUCCUUCCUCUCCGCUCCCGGCGACAACUUCUCAUCACUCUUCGCCGACUCUUCAUCAAUACCAUCAACUCUCAACCCCAAGGAGAUGAUGACCCCAGACUCCUUCGCCGACGACCGGCUCGACUCUCGUCUGUCUGCCAUCCCCGAGUCACCAGAGGCCGACGACGACAUGGACAUCUCAGCCGCCACAGAACACUCAUCAUCAGAAAAGAAGCCCGUUAAGAAGAGGAAAUCAUGGGGCCAGGUCCUUCCUGAGCCCAAGACCAACCUCCCUCCUAGAAAACGAGCCAAGACUGAAGAUGAAAAGGAACAGCGUCGCGUUGAACGUGUUCUUCGGAACCGCCGCGCCGCGCAGUCAUCACGAGAGAGGAAGAGGCUCGAGGUUGAGGCUCUCGAGAAGCGCAACAAAGAACUAGAGACGCUUCUCCACAGCGCCCAGAAGACAAACCUGAUCCUGGUCGAGGAGCUCAACCGCUUCCGACGCAGCUCCGGUGUCGUCACCCGCUCCUCCUCUCCUCUCGACUCUCUCCAAGACAACAUUACACUAUCUCAACAACUAUUCGGCUCACAAGAUGGCCAAAACAUUACCACUGAACAGUCCUUGAUGGACCAGAUGAUGCGCUCCGCGGUCAACCCCACCGUCAACCCCGCCUCUCUCUCACCCGCACUCACCCCCAUCCCCGACAAGGAAUUCCCCCACGAAGACGAAGAGCAAGAAGAGGAAGCUGAGGAGGAGAAGAACAGCCAACAGACCGUCUCCACUGAUUCGACACAACAUGUUGUGCGACCCGCAGUGUCAAUCGGUGGAGAUGCCCCUGUCCCUGUCUUCUCUCACUCCGGCGCAAACUGCCUUGGCUUGGACUCUGUACAUCAAGAUGAUGUUCCUUUCAGCCUCGGCGCUGCUUUCGGCCUGUCAACGGCCCUUGAUGCAGAUCGCUAUGUCCUCGAAAGCUCACUUCUCGCUUCGCCCAACUCCUCAACUCUUGACGACGAUUAUAUGGCUGGUGACUCUGCCACCUGCUUCACGAAUCCUCUCCCCUCCGACUACGACUUUGACAUCAACGACUUCCUCACAGACGACGCAAACCACGCCGCCUAUGACAUUGUGGCAGCGCGCAACUAUGCCGCUGCGGACCACGAGCUCGACCUCGAGAUCCACGACCUUGAGACUCAAAUCUCUUCGGACCAUCCUAUCCAGCAGCCCCAGUCUGGCGCGUCCUCUCUUGGAUGCGACGAUGGAGGCAUUGCGGUUGGUGUCUGA